AUGGCAUCGCACCCCCACCCCCAACGCGUCGAUGCACCCUUGACCGCCUCGGCCAUUUUCUUGGUCGUGGCCGUCAAGGACGACAAACCCAUCAGUGAUGACGACGCGGCCACCAUCCGUGGUGUUGUCGCGUCCGUUAAUGACAUCGCCAAGAACGUCGCCUUCCGCGACCCCUCGGCCGGUCUGGUGUGCACCGUCGGUAUUGGCAGCCGUGUUUGGGACACGGUAACGAGAGGUCGUCUGCCACGGCCGUCAGAGCUGCACCCGUUCAAGGAAGUCAAGGGCGCCAAGCACACGGCCGUCAGCACACCCGGAGACGUUCUGUUUCACAUUCGCGCCGAGCGACACGACAUGUGCUUCGAGCUCGAGCGGCAGCUGCUCGACCAGCUGGGCGAUGCCGUCAAAGUCGUGGACGAGACCGUCGGCUUCCGCUACUUUGACAACCGCGACCUGCUCGGGUUCGUCGACGGCACGGCCAAUCCGACGGGCGACGACGUUACGGAGGCCGUCCUGGUGAGCGGCGAAGACGUCUCCGGCAACAGCGUGGCUAUUGUCGGCGGCAGCUAUGUCGUUGUCCAAAAGUACCUGCACGCCAUGCCCAACUGGCGCGCCCUGGGCACCGAAAAACAAGAAGCCAUCAUUGGCCGCACGAAGCUCGACAAUAUGGAGUUGGACGACGCCACGGGCGACGACCAGCGCUCCCACAAGACCCUGAACACCAUCGAGGACGACGACACGGGCGCCGAGUUUGACAUUCUGCGCGACAACAUGCCCUUUGGGUCGCCCGGCGCCGGCGAGUAUGGCACCUACUUUAUCGGCUACUCGCGGAGACUAUGGGUGAUUGAACGCAUGCUGGAACGCAUGUUCAUCGGUGUCCCGCCAGGGAAACACGAUCGGCUGCUGGAUUACUCGACGGCCGUCACAGGCUCGGUGUUUUUCAUGCCGUCGCUGGCCAUGUUGGACCAGAUUGGAGAUGAUUAA